AUGCGGGUAUCUUUGAUUCGAAACCUAGUGAUUUUCUAUCAAAUGAAUAAUAGUGAACGGUGGAAUGAGUUGCAAAAGAUUACGAUUAUCCGAGUGGUAUGCUCCGUUCAACUACUCUCCAUGAUCUCUGUAACUGCACAUUCUACAGCCAUGCCGUUUUUGGUUAGGAUAGCGAAUAGGACACAUUUCCUUCCCACAACUUCUGUUUUCAUGAUGGAAGUGUUGAAAUUGAUAUUUUGUUUGGUUAUUACACUAUUCAAAACGGGAAGUGUUAAAGGAACCACCCACGAACUUCACAAAAACAUUUGGAAGAAUCGAAUCGAAACGCUGAAAGUUGCAGUUCCAGCAGUAGUAUAUGCGAUUCAAAAUAACUUGUACUACAUCGCGCUAGCGAAUAUUGACCCUACGACUUAUUCAGUUACACUCCAACUUCGAAUUCUGACGACAGCUGCUUUAUCAGUGUGUUUAUUGAAUAAGAAACUGUCAUGGUACCAAUGGGGAGCUCAAGUUAUGGCACUAAUUGGUGUGGCUACUGUACAGUUGGACAAAUCAAAUUCACAUAAAGAAAUUGCUGGAACGUACUGGAUUGGCGUUGCUGCUGUUAUUGGAAUGUGCUGGACGAGUGCAUUCGCAGGUGUCUACUUUGAAAAAAUGCUCAAAAACUCGUCGGCCGACGUUUGGAUGCAGAAUAUUCGAUUAUCGAUUUUGACGCUGAUUUUUGCGGGAAUCACAAUGAUGACGACGGAUGGAGAGGCGGUUGUACAGGGUCGAAUGUUUGAAGGAUGGUCCCAAAUGGUUUGGCUUGUCACAAUUCUCAAUUCCAUCGGCGGUUUGUGUAUUUCAUUAGUGAUGAAAUACGCUGAUAAUGUGAUGAAGACAUAUUGUCAAUCUAUUGCCAUAGGACUAACAUCCCUGGUCUCCAUCUUCCUCGGAGAACGUCUUCUAACUCUUCAUCUCAUUUUUGGAGUUCUUCUGGUGACGUCAUCAGUCGUUGUGUAUUCUCUGUUCCCCGCGACUCCGCCCACUUUAUCUGCGUAUCAUAAACUGGAACAACAAGAAGAGGAACUUCUGAUAUCUUCAGAUGACGUUGAAGAUGAAGAAGAUAAAAUUUUUGGAGCUGUUGGAGAGGAGAAAGUAGCGGCACUUAGUAUUUAG